CAAACACAAGCCACAGCUCACAGCACGAACAGUGAGCAAGCACCCUGCAGUCCGAGCCUUCCCCUAUGCUGCCUCGGAGGCUAGGCCCGCGCCUAUGCUUCGCCUGUGCCAAUUCCACCGCCGCAUCAUCUUCCUCCACUCCGUCCCGUCGGCGCCCGCGCCCGCGCCUGCGCCUCCUGCCUUACAGGGGCCAUGCCAAUCCCAUCGGCUUCUCGGCGAUGUGCGCCGCCGGUUCCCUGCCCGGCCCUGUCGCGCAGGACGACGACGCAGUGUCAGGAUAUCGUCUCCCUCCAAAGGAAAUUCAGGAAAUUGUGGAUGUGCCACCGAACCCCAGUUAUCAUCUCUCCCCUCGCCGAGAUAGGAUCAUGUUCCUGAAACGUAGAGCUAUGCCUUCAUUGUCCGAGCUCGCAAAACCUGAUAAAAUACUUGCUGGCAUACGGAUCAAUUCCAGUUCUAACAUGAGGAGUCGAAUGUCCUUUUAUACUGGGAUUAGUAUCCAUUUGCUGAUGGAUGAUGGAAGUUUGGGUCCAGAGAAAGCAGUCCAUGGAUAUCCAGAUGGUGCAAAAAUUAAUUUUGUAACAUGGUCACCAAAUGGUCAGAAUGUGGCCUUCACUGUGCGCUAUGAAGAUGAGGUGGGGAGUGACAGCAGUUUAGCAUUGUGGGUUGCUAAUGCAGAAUCUGGAGAAGCUCGGCUACUUUUCAAACAAACAGACAUAAGACUGAAUGCUAUUUUUGAGCUAUUUGUGUGGGUGGAUCAUUCUACCCUGUUGGUUUGCACUGUUCCUUCAUCACGUGGUGAUUCUCCGAAGAAGCCAUUGGUUCCUUUUGGUCCAAGGAUUCGCUCCAGUGAGCAGAACAAUGUCAUUCAGAUGAGAGCCACAAAAGAAAUGUUGAAAGAUUUGCAUGAGGAAGAAUUGUUCGAUUACUAUGCAACCUCUCAGUUAGUACUGGUUUCGUUGGAUGGGAUAGUGAAACCAGUAGCUUCCCCUGCUAUAUAUACUUUCCUUAAUCCUUCACCAGAUGAAAAGUACUUGAUGCUCACCUGUGUUCACAAGCCAUAUUCUUCUAUAGUCUCAUAUAAAAGGUUUCCCAAGAAGGUUGAGUUGUGGACAGUUCAUGGUAGAUUUGUCCGUGAACUUUGUGAUCUACCCCUUGCUGAAAAUAUUCCAAUUGCAGCCAACAGCGUCCGUAGGGGGAAACGUUUAAUCAGGUGGAGGCCUGACAUGCCUUCAACAUUAUAUUGGGUGGAGGCACAAGAUGGAGGAGAUGCAAACGUUGAAGUCUCACCACGUGAUAUAGUUUACAUGGAACCUGCCGAGCCUUUAAAUGGCGAGAAACCUCAUGUCCUGCUUAAACUUGACCUUCGGUAUAGAAGGAUCUCUUGGUGCUAUGGAUUGCAUGCACUGGUAUAUGAAUUUUGGCACAAGACACGAAGAACAAGAACAUGGGUCAUCUCUCCUGAUUGCAAUGAUCUUAGCCCACGAUUAUUAUUUGAUAGAUCUUCCGAAGAUGCUUACUCAAGUCCAGGCUCUCCAAUGAUGUGCAGAACUCCCGCUGGCACCCUUGUCAUUGCAAAAAUUAAGACAAACUAUGAAGGGACCUGUAUCCUGAUGAAGGGACAGGGUGCCACGCCAAAAGGAAGCGUCCCUUUUCUUGAUCUCUUAAACAUAACAACGGGAGCGAAAGAGCGGAUAUGGGAAAGUGGUGUAGACAAUUACUAUGAAUCUGUUCUUGCACUGAUGUCAUACCAUCCUAAAUGUGAAAUCCAGCUAAAUGAACUAAAAUUUCUCAUAUCGAAGGAGUCAAGAAGAGAAGCUGCCCAAUAUUAUGUUAGUAUCUGGCCUGAUAAGAAGCAAGUCCAGAUUACAAGUUAUCCCCACCCAUAUCCUCAGCUGGCAUCUUUGCAGAGGGAAAUAAUCAGAUAUGAGCGAGAUGAUGGUGUUAAACUUACUGCUACAUUAUAUCUGCCUCCAGGCUAUAAUCCAUCGAAAGACGGGCCUCUUGCAUGCUUGAUUUGGUCUUAUCCUGGAGACUUUAAAAGCAGAGAGGCUGCUGGGCAAGUCCGUCGUUCACCCAAUAAAUUUGCACGCAUUAACAACAGUUUUCCUCUUCUUUGGUUAGCUAGAGGGUUUUCUGUUUUGGCUGACCCGACAAUCCCUAUAAUUGGUGAAGGAGACCAGGAGGCGAAUGAUAGGUACAUAGAGCAGCUGAUUGCUAGUGUGGAAGCAGCAGUAAAUGAAAUUGUAAGAAGAGGGGUUGCUCACCCUGACAAAAUUGCUGUGGGCGGUCAUUCAUAUGGUGCAUUUAUGACUGCUAACCUCUUGGCACACGCACCUCACCUUUUCUGCUGCGGAAUCGCUCGCUCUGGAGCCUACAACAGGACACUGACUCCAUUUGGCUUUCAGAAAGAGGUAAGGACGCUCUGGGAAGCUACCGACACCUAUAUUAAGAUGAGCCCCUUCAUGAUAGCUAGCAAAAUCAAGAAACCAAUUCUACUGAUACAUGGAGAAGAAGACAGCAAAGUAACAACAGCAAUGCAGUCAAGUCAAUUUUAUGAUGCUUUGAAAGGGCAUGGGGUGCCAUGCCGUCUUGUGAUUCUCCCAUUCGAGGGGCACCGAUAUGCUGCAAGGGAAAGCGUUAUGCAUGUAAUUUGGGAGACUGAUAGGUGGCUGCAGAAAUAUUGUGCAAGUAAUUCUAGCAGCACCCAGAUUAUCAAACCCAGUGGUGAGUGGUGAGACAACACAAUCACAUGUUGAUGGUGCACCAGCAUGCGAAGCUUUACGUUAAACUUCACCAAGAUAUCUAGGCUGAGCAAGCUGAUACUAAUGGCCUUGGAUCAUUUCGGUGUAGGAAAAUUUAAAGAUAACUCACAAUGAUAUUGGUGUGUUUCCAUGUGCACACAGAAGAGUAUCACUUCAUUCACUGCUCUGUUUCCAUAUCGUUCUUGACUCUUGUAACGCGAGACUCAGUAAUCAUAUUCAUACAGGCAGAUAAACACCAUUGCUAUAUAUGUACUUGUUGUCUGCUUCUCAAGUUGAUAUCUUCUUUGGAGUUCCUUUCUUGAAUGUCACGGCAUCAUAUCAAAGUGUUAUAUUAUGAAGCUUUGCUAGUACAGAAAUUUAAGGCCUGAAGACACCAACACUACAAUUCCAAUUAUGAUGAAGCAUAACGAGGGUAAAGUUCGAUCCCAUCCUGUUAACCAAUGGUGCUUCAGUGAGGUCAUUAUGUUUGUUCCCAAACUCAUUCUGCACAUAUGCUCUGUAUCUGAGACAUGAAUCGAUGCGAUUCUAACCUCUUUUUACUGGUAAGAUUGCAAAACA